AUGGAUGAACAAAGGCCUGGCAACGUGCACCCUGAACACAAUGCUGGCCAUAUCCACCAGCCUAGGGUGCCACUGCCGAAUGGCAUAAUCAACAUCCCAAAGCCCGAACAAGCAAGACAAUACAUUCAGGAGGACGAGGAGGAUGCUGUAACAGAUUUCAAUGCUCCCAUAAGUUGGUGGAUGCUGUCAACUCUGUUCCCGCUCAUUGCUGGCACAUUCGGGCCCCUGGCCUCAACCUUCAACAUCUGCGCCCUUGCGAUUGACUGGCGGACAACUGUCAGUUCAAGCUCGACAGAAUCAGAGGGCACACAUAUGUCGGAUCCAGGAUGGCUUCUAGCCGUCAACGCUGUCAGCCUCGCCAUCGCCGUAGUUGCGAAUCUGGCUCUCCUAGCUCAAAUGACGGACCGAAUCUCUUACCAGCGAGCCUCUCCCAUCACCAUUGCUGGCUGGUAUGCUAGCUCUUUGCUCCUGCUGGGUCUGGUCGUAGCGACUCCCGAACAGUUGCCAUUACCAACCGAUAGUCUGGCAACAUAUUCUCAAGCGUUCUACUAUGCCAUCUUCGCUUGCGGCAUCUACUUCAUCCUCGCUUCCAUGCUCCUCGUUACUCAUGUUAAUCUGCGAUACCGCGCACCACCAUUCAGCCGAUCAUUCAAAUUGACAAUGUCCCAACGCUCGCUCAUGUUACAGACUAUUCUUUUCUUGGGUUAUCUGCUUGCCGCCGGCGCCGUCUACUCCCGAAUCGAGAACUGGGGUUUCCUCGAUGCCGUGUACUUUGUGAACGUGACUCUGUUCACAAUUGGACUCGGAGACUACCAUCCCGUCACCCACUUGGGGAGAUCGUUGUUUUUUCCAAUGGCCAUUGGCGGUAUUCUUUUCGUCGGUCUGAUAAUUGCGUCUAUACGCACCUUGGUCCUUGAAUCUGGCUCUCGCAAAAUCUCCACCCGGAUGGUGGAGAAAGCACGUCGUAAAGUGCUCAAAUCAGGUAAAGGAAAGGCCGACAAGCUCGCCCCUCCGAGCUCGGGACGCUCAGAACUGGACACAAAUUUUCCAGUGUCAGAGCUGGAUCGCCGCAAACUGGAGUUUCAGGAAAUGCGAAACGUUCAAGGACGAGCCGCGCGCCAGAACCGGCUGAUUGCACUCUCGAUUUCUGGCUCGUGCUUUUUCACUUUAUGGUUCAUUGGCGCAGUCGUUUUCUGGCAAGCGGAGUCUGCCACUGGUGGAGAAAAUUGGUCCUACUUUGAGGCCUUGUACUUCACCUACGUGGCUCUUUUAACGAUCGGAUAUGGCGACUUUUAUCCUCAAACAAACUCCGGCAAGCCUGCCUUUGUCUUUUGGUCUUUAAUUGCACUCCCUACAUUGACCGUCCUGAUUGGUGCGAUCGGAGACACCAUCUCCGAUCUCGUGGCCUCGAGCACAUUAUGGCUCAGCAGGCACGCGCCGGAAGCACUGAGCAUCUUGAGAGGCGCAAAAUCAGCCGCGGCAAAGAAGCGAAACCGUGAGGGUGCUUUUCAGGAAGCAAAGCCCGCAGGAUUUAUGGACGACGAGUCUGCCGUCGAGGGCGACUUUGGGGACCAGAACAUUGCGAAGGCAAUCCGGGCGCUGGGUGGACGGGAACAGAACAAUGCCUCUGGAACAGACACGAAUCCAGAAGACGCGAGAGAAGCGCAGGCAUUGCUAUCUGCGUACAGGCUACACAUUCUUUUACGCGAAAUGCAGAACGUUGUGCAACAUCUCGACGCACAACCCCCGAGGAAAUACACCUACGAGGAAUGGACGUGGUUCUUGAAGCUCAUCUACGAGGACGAAUCGUUGACACCGAGCCAUAGACACCCGUGGGAGCAUGAGGUUCCUGUCGCUGCUCCCCUGAGAGAGAAGGGUGAUCAGAAGUGGAGCUGGCUGGGACAAGAAAGCCCUCUAAUGAGCAUGGAGGAUGAACCGAAAUGGGUCCUUACCCGGCUGCUCGAAGUAGCACAGAGGAAGAGCAAAAGAAAGGGAGACUUCUGGUUGGAAGUUUGGAGGAAACAACAUGACGAAGAUAAUACUGAUGGCUGCAGGUAA